CUUGUAGUUUAGCGAACGGUUAAGGACAAUACGGACGUGAAUACGCUACGAGGCGAAACGCCUACAACUUUCUAUCCUUCCCUCUUCCUCUCUCUCUCUCUUUUUCUCUCUCUCUCUCUCUCUCUCUUUAUCUCUUUCUUUACACCAACGCGCUCUCCAUCUUCCGUGUUUCUCUCUCUCUCUCUCUCUCUCUCUCUCUUUCUCUCUCUCUCUUCUUUUUCGUUCUCGUUCUCCCUCUCAUUCCCAUCCAAGUCCACAAAACGCGAACGUCGUCAACGUGGUGACGUUUAGUUGUUAGAACUUCAAUUCGACGUUUGACAAGAGUGAGACGGUACGAAGAGAUAUUUGAUAGAGAGAGAGAAAGAGAGAAAGAGAGAGAGAGAGGAAAGAAAAAAAAUAAAUUAAAAGAAAUAAAUCAUGGGGGCAUCUUCGAACGCGACAUACUUAGGCCUCGAUCUCAGCACGCAGCAGUUGAAGGCUGUUGUGGUCGAUGACGAUCUCGUUAUUCUACAUGAGACCAGUGUACAAUUCGACAAUGAUCUACCAGAAUUUAGAACGUACGGAGGUGUUAUACAAAAUAAAUGCGAAUCUCACGUAGUAGUGGCACCAACUUUGAUGUGGAUCAAGGCAUUGGAUAUGAUAUUAGACAAACUACGUGUUUGCGGGGUUGAUUUUAGCAAAGUCUCAGCUAUUUCCGGAUGCGCUCAGCAACACGGUACCGUUUAUUGGGGGAAAGGUAGUCAAAGUCUAUUGAAAAAUUUAGAACCAACGAAAUUUUUACACGAACAAUUUGCAACGUCGUUUUCGAUAACACAAUCGCCUGUAUGGAUGGAUUCUAGUACGUCCAACGAGUGUCAUCUUUUCGAGAUGACCGUAGGUGACCCAAAAAAAUUGGCAGAAAUAACUGGGUCUCGGGCAUACGAAAGAUUUGCAGGACCGCAAAUAGCAAAGAUAGCACGAAGAAGGCCAGAAGCCUAUAGUAGUACCGAGAGAAUUUCUUUGAUCAGUAGUUUUCUUGCCUCUCUCUUCUUGGGUGACUUUGCGCCAAUCGAUUGGUCAGACGGCUCUGGUAUGAAUCUAUUAAACAUUCGUACGAAGGAUUGGGACGAUGUCUUGUUAGAGACCUGUGCGCCUGAUUUAAGAAAAAAAUUGGGCAAACCGAUCUCUUCCUAUAACAAUAUCGGUCCAAUAUCGUCUUACUUUGUCGAAAGAUUUGGCUUCAAUGAGAGUUGCAGGAUAAUUGCAUUUACAGGAGAUAAUCCGGGUUCGUUGGUAGGAAUGAGAUUGAAAAAAGGAGAUAUUGCAUGUAGUUUAGGAACUAGUGAUACUUUAUUUUUAUGGCUGAACGAACCAAAAACUGCUAUCGAUGGGCACAUUCUCUGCAAUCCUAUUGAAGAUGAGGCAUAUAUGGCAUUACUUUGUUUUAAAAAUGGAUCAUUGACUAGAGAAAGAAUACGUGACAAUGCUGCGCAAGGUUCAUGGCAAAUAUUUAACGAAUUAUUAGAAAGUACACCGCGAGGAAAUUUUGGAAAUUUUGGAUUAUAUUUUGACGCACAGGAAAUUUUACCGUCCGUGAUCGGUGAUCAUAGAUUUAAUAAAGCUAACGAUGAAAUUAAUCGAUAUAGCUCGAAAGAGGUAGAGGUUCGAGCACUCAUUGAAGGCCAAUUUGUGGCAAAAAGAGCACACGCAGAAGAUUUUGGUUUUGUUAUUGGUCCCAAUACUCGUAUAAUAGCAACAGGCGGUGCAUCUGCUAAUAAAACUAUACUACAAGUACUUGCUGAUGUCUUCAAUUCGCCUGUCUAUAUAUCGGAAAUUACGAAUUCGGCUAUGAUGGGAGCAGCAUAUCAAGCAAAACAUGGUUUAUUAAGAAACGAAAAUAACUUUGAAGAUAUAACUGCUUCUUUACCAGAACCGACACUCGUAUGUCGACCAUACGACGAUGCUGAAUCUAUUUAUCGACCAAUGACGCAACGUUAUCGAAAGUUGAUAGAAAGAAUAAUAAAAAGAAAUCAAUCACAGUCAGAUAAGUAAAAUGAAAUAUUGCAAUAAAUUCGAUUGCAUAAAUCUUUAGCUAAUUAACUUCCAACAAAUUCCACAAUUUUAUAUCGCGAUAGAUGCAUAUCAUAGUUAUGUGUAUAUAUAUAUAUAUAUAUAUAUAUAUAUAUAUAUAUAUAUAUAUAUAUACAUAUACACACAAUGAUAUAUAAUUACCUACGCAUAUGCAUUAUCUUAAACAUUUAUACUUAAUUUAGGUAAUAGAAAAAUUUUAUCUAUUCAUAAUAGUGUCAAAGUUCUAAUAAAACAAUUUUUACAUAAGAUUAAUCUCCGUUAGAAUCUUGGAGUACGUAAUGAUAGAUACGUCACGUAUGAUUUAAUGCAUUUACGCUACUUAUACAUAUAUAUAAGAGCAUGCACGUUUUCUUAUGUUUUUAUUUCUUGGAAAAAAAAAAAGAAAAAGAAAAAAUGCGAAAAUCAUAAACAACUUA